UCCAUCUCGUCAAAUUCCACCACCACCAUCACCACGAUGAAGAACAAAGCCACCACCACCAUCACCACCACCACCACCACCGCCCUCUCCCUCCUGGCCAUCCUCUUGCUGCUCAUCUCGACCGCCUCCCUCGCCUCGGGCCGGCCCGGCUCGUCCGGAUCCGACCGCAAGUCAGCCAAGGGGAAGGGGCACGCGGACGAUGACGGGCCCGGCGGGUUCUUUGGCCCGGGGGGCGGCAGCGGCGGGUUCGGGGACAUACCCGGGCUCGGGAACGGGUGGGGCAGCGGGAUCGGCGGCGGGUACGGGGCUGGGUACGGGGGUCCCGGCGGGGGUUACUCCAAGGGAGGCGUGAUUAGGCCCACCGUGGUGUGCAAGGACAAGGGCCCGUGCUACCAGAAGAAGCUGACGUGCCCGGCCAAGUGCUUCACCUCCUACAGCCGCUCCGGGAAGGGUUAUGGCGCCGGGGGCGGCGGCGGCGGCUGCACGAUGGAUUGCAAGAAGAAGUGUAUCGCUUAUUGCUGAAAAUGAGUGAGGUAAGGCAUGUGUAAGAGAGGGGUUUCCUAGGACUACUCUCAGAAUGCUACAAUAUGUAUUGUGUAAGCGAUCGUUUUGAUGCUGUUUCAUUAUGUAAGCUGCUUUUGGCCGAGAUCAGUUUACUCUAUAGUUCUACUA